AGAAAAUGCUCGUAAAUCCCCGCCAUCCUCCCUCUCUUUCUCUUUCUUUCCCUUCUUCUUUCCAAUUGGCAGAACAGACAAAACAGGGUUUCUUGGCGACUCUGAAAGUUUUUUUCUCUUUCGUCCUUCCCUGUGCAAAAAGUUUGAACAUUUUCUCUUUUUCCAGAGAAAAGAAAGAAAAAACACGAACCCCGCUUCGUAGUUCGAGCUUGAAAUCCCUUCAAAGAUCCCAAGUUGCGAGAAACUAGAAAGAGAGAAGAUUUUCACUGGUUUUUUUACAGAGAGAGAGAGUACAGAGAGACAACUUUGUUUUUUUUUUUUUUUUCUCUCUCUUCGUGAGGUUUUGAGGUUGUGUGCUUCGAGGAGGAGAUAAAAUCCUGUUUUUUUUUUUCCCUCCAGAUUUUCCGAGAGAAAAAGAGACGGUAAGGAAAAAUGAGCAAUUGGCUGGGGUUCUCUCUGACUCCGCACCUGAAAAUCAACGAAGAAAUCUGCGGAGAAGGCCAAGCAGGAGGAGGAGUUGGUGGGGGUGGCGGUGGCGGUGGCGGUGGCGGUGGCUUUCCUCCGAAUAUUACCGUUAUGCCACUGCGCUCCGAUGGCUCACUCUGUGUUCUUGAUCCUCAUUUCAGGCGUCCUCAUGGCAGUGAAGAAUGGAGCUAUGAGAACGCCAAUGAUGGGGAAGAUCAUCCAGGCCCGAAGCUUGAAGACUUCUUGGGCUGUUGCUACUCAGGCUCUCCUCAUGUCGAUAAUGACCCCCAAAAUCAGAACCACCAAGCCACAAACUCAGCUUGUGCGGGCGGGAUCAAUGUGAACGUAGCUCCGAGCUGCUUCAACAACGGCAACCACCCAGAUCAUCACCAUCAAGGUUACAUUGAGCACUCGCAAGCCCUAAUGGUUCCAUCUGCUCACCACAACAGCAACGACCGCAGAUGUGAUGUCGAUGAUCGCAUGUACCACCACCAAGAACAUGUCCCGUUUGAUGGCGGUGCGGGUGCAACGUCUUGUUCCGUUUCUGGGUUCAAGUCAUGGUUGCGUCAAGCGAAUGGGACUAGCGCAAGUAGUAGUGGCAGUCUCUCUCUCACCAUGAUGAGCCCUAGCUCUCAAAGUGAUAACAACUGCAAUGUGGGUGUUGGUGCACCGAUUUCUCAGGCACCGCCAGUCGGUGACGGUAGCAUCGCCAAGAGGGCAUCAUCUGCGAGCAACAACAACAAGUGUGUCGUUCCUCGUAAGUCUAUUGACACUUUUGGGCAAAGAACCUCUCAGUAUCGAGGUGUCACUAGACAUAGGUGGACGGGGAGAUAUGAGGCUCAUCUGUGGGACAACAGUUGCAGGAAAGAAGGGCAAACCAGAAAAGGGAGGCAAGUGUAUCUAGGUGGGUAUGACAAGGAAGAAAAGGCAGCGCGGGCUUAUGAUUUGGCUGCACUAAAGUAUUGGGGUCCGACUACCCACAUAAACUUCCCGCUGAGCACUUAUGAGAAAGAACUUGAGGAAAUGAAGAACAUGACCCGGCAAGAAUUUGUUGCCCACUUAAGGAGGAAAAGCAGUGGAUUUUCAAGAGGAGCAUCUGUAUACAGAGGAGUGACCAGACACCAUCAACAUGGACGGUGGCAAGCUAGAAUAGGAAGGGUUGCUGGAAACAAGGACUUGUACCUCGGCACAUUCAGUACCCAAGAGGAAGCCGCAGAAGCCUACGACAUCGCCGCCAUCAAAUUUAGGGGAACGAAUGCAGUCACAAACUUCGAUAUUAGCCGCUACGAUGUGAAGAGAAUUUGCUCGAGCUCCACUCUAAUAACGAGCGAUCUCGCUAAACGCUCCCCGAAAGAGGCUACACCGGCCCUUCUCGAUCUCGACUACAACUCGUGCGCCUCCUCCUCGUCUCCACGAGCGCUUCUUGCGAUGACCAAUGGCGAGACGUCCGAGGACUUUACGAACAUGGUGUGGAGCUCCAAUGUGCCCGAAAGUCAAGAUCCUGCAACGAUAACGAACACUGCUGACGGCGAUGCCUUGAUCGUGGGCUCGAGCAAUCAUCAAGAAUCGCCCAGCGCGGCGGCGGGGCACAAGUGCUCGUACGGAAGCUCCAGUGAUUUCGGAUGUGGAGGCAGCGAAGAUUACUCUCAUGCUUAUUUCUCGAUGCAGGAUCAGAAAUACGAAGAUGGAAGCAAUGGGAGUGAUCAUAACGGAGCCAACAGGUUGGGAAAUUUGAGCUUGGUUCAUCAAGUUCCAAUGUUUGCGUUGUGGAAUGAGUGAGAAAAGAUUCUAGUUCGUAGAAAAGGAAUCUUGAUUCAAAUCAAAGGACCUUGGUGGAAGCUGGAAGGUAGAAAAUGUCAAGAAAAUAUUUAUUUCUAUCAGUAGGUUUGACUCUUUGUGGUCAAGAACUUCAUGCUAUCUACAGAGGCUGCAUUCACAU